UGGGGACACAACUGAGGGACGGACCAAGAUGGCGGCUCCCAGCGAGGGCCCGCUGUUCGCCGCGGGUAUUGAAAAGACUUGGGGUGCAGUUGUUCGUUCCCCUGAAGGGACACCCCAGAAAGUUCGACAGCUGAUAGAUGAGGGAAUUGUCCCGGAAGAGGGAGGCACAGAAGCAAAGGACACAUCUGCCACAUUCCAGCCAGUCAAUGGAUCGCCUCAAGCAGAACAGCCCCCAUUGGAAUCUACAAGCAAAGAAGCCUUUUUUCACAGAGUGGAAACCUUUUCUUCUUUGAAAUGGGCAGGGAAGCCCCCUGAGCUGUCUCCACUUAUCUGUGCAAAAUACGGCUGGGUCACUGUUGAAUGUGAUAUGCUCAAGUGCUCCAGCUGCCAGGCUUUCCUCUGUGCCAGUUUACAGCCGGCUUCUGACUUCAACAGAUAUAAGGAACGAUGUGCUGAGCUCAAGAAAUCUUUGUGCAGUGCCCAUGAAAAAUUCUGUUUUUGGCCAGACAGCCCUUCUCCAGAUAGAUUUGGGAUGUUGCCAUUGGGUGAGCCUGCUGUUCUUGUCAGUGAGUUCCUGGACCGGUUUCAAAGCCUUUGUCAUUUAGACCUCCAGCUUCCUUCCCUGAGGCCAGAGGACUUGAAAACUAUGUGCUUGACUGAAGACAAGGUCAGUGCUCUGCUGCACCUGCUGGAGGGUGAGCUUGAUUGCCAAACUGAUGGGAGGAAGACUACAAGCAAAUGGGGCUCAGACAUGCAAGUCCAUGUCACUGCCUGUGUUCUUUCCCUGUGUGGCUGGGCAUGCAGCUCUUUGGAACCUACACAGCUUUCCCUGAUAACAUGUUCCCAGUGUAUGAGGAAGGUCGGUCUCUGGGGCUUUCAGCAGAUCGAAUCAUCCCUGACAGAUCUGGAGGCUUCCUUUGGCUUGACUAGCUCCCCCAUUUUGGGCGUGGAGGGUCGGCCUGAGCACUUCCCUCUAGUGCCUGAAUCUCCUAGACGGAUGAUGACCCGAAGCCAAGACGCCACAGUUUCUCCCAGCCCCGAGCAGUCUGAAAAAAGCCCAGGUCCCAUUGUCUGCCGAACUCGGAGCUGGGACUCUUCCAGUCCUGUUGACCGGCCUGAGCCAGAGGCAGCCAGCCCCACCACCAGGAGCCGGCCAGUGACCCGAAGCAUGGGAACGGGAGAUUCUGCUGGCUUGGAAGUCCCCUCCAGCCCUGUCCGGAAAGCCAAGCGAGCUCGCCUCUGUUCUUCUGGGAGCUCAGACGCCACGCCCCGAAGCUUCUUUGAUCCCACCGCUCAGCAUAGAGAUUGGUGCCCUUGGGUGAAUAGCUCCCUGGCCAAAGAAUCCAGGGAGAAUGGGACAACAGCGGUGGAUGCCGGGACCCCAGCAGAGCCGGGCUGGAAGGCUGUGUUGACCAUCCUGUUGGCCCACAAGCAUUCUAACCAGCCAGCGGAGAUGGAUGCCAUGAGUCUGUCUGAAAAGUCAAGGAAAGUGCUCCGAAUAUUCCGACAGUGGGAGUCCUUAUGCUCGUCCUGAAAAUGCUCCAGACAGAACUGAUGAGGGUGACUUAAAAAAUGUCAGCUGACUCUGCUUUUCGUCGUUCUGGUUUAAUUGCAAGUGCAAAGACUUGCCACCUGCAUGAAGAAGAGGAGACAGUUGCCAUGCAGGGAUGAGGACAGGGUGAGACACAGUUCUGUCAGAGGACUGUGGAGUUCUAAAACCAGCUGCAAGACCAAGGCUCAGAACACCCAUUCAGCAGCUUUGCUCCGGGCACAGUGUCCUGAGAGAGUAGCCCAGGAAUGUGACGGUGUGUGUUAAUAAAGUGUUUGCUAAGA